UUAACCAUUAUCUUUUUUUGUAAUCCAGAUCCAGAUAGAAUAUUAAUCUGCUCCAGAUUCCUUCUUCCCGAAAUGCAGACUCAGAGCCUUACUGUACCUAAAACCCUAAACCCUCCUGUUCUAUUCACCUCAUUUCUACCCAAAUUCCCAAACCCUCUUCUUAGAGGCAUUAUUCCAAUCCCCUCCUCCUCCUCCUCCACCGCCAAGACCUCAAAAUCCCUAGUUAUCCAAUCCCAAAAUGCGGGCAAGGGAAGAGAUAUCAGACCCUUCGCCGGCAGGAGCAAAGGGAAGCCCGGCAUGCCCUCCAAGGGCCGCAUCGAAGGGAACGCCGAGGUCCGGCGGGAGGCGAAGCGGAACGCCCGCCUGAGAAGCAAGAAAAUGGCGGAGAGCUUGUUCUACAGGCUCAAGAAUCCGCACGGGAACUACCCGAAUAACUUCUCGGAAGAGGAGCUUCAGAUGAUUGGGUUGGGGUACGAUAGAAUGGUGAGGUUCAUGGAGAAGGACGACCCCAAUCUUAAGCACCCUUAUGACUGGUACAAGUAUGGGGAAUUCGGGCCGUAUUCCUGGCGCGGGGUGGUUUUGGGCGACCCGAUUCGAGGGGGAAUGUCAGAUGAAUGCGUGACGAUGAUGGGAGAGGUUCGAGACCAGGAAGAGUGGGAUAAGAUUGAGCAGUUUGAUAUGACUCAGGAUUUUCUUAAAGGAUUGAAUUCAAUGGAUGAAAACGUGGGUCGCAGGUACUUUUGGGUGUUUGUUAGGCAUCCAAGGUGGAAGACCUCGGAUUUGGCAUGGGAGCAGUGGACUUUGGUGUCUGAGGUUGUUGUUGAGGCUGGGAAUCAGAGGUUGGAUAAAUGGAGUUUGAUGGGAAGGCUUGGGAAUUACUCGAGAAGGUCGAUUACUCGAUGUGCAGCUUGGAUGAGGCCCGACAUAGUAUACGUUAAGAGGCCAGUGUAUCAAUGCAGGUUUGAGCCACAGGACGAGUUUUUCAAGGCCUUGACGCCAUUGCUCGACCCACAGACUGAACAGGAUUUCUUGUUCGAGUUGAACAAGGACGAUGGAUCUAUAGAGCUGUGCACUUAUUUUGCAGGGUUGUGUAAGAUUGUGAAGGUGAACCCUAAGGCGUUCGUGGAUGAUGUGGUGAAAGCUUACGAGAAGUUGAGCGAGGAGAAGAAAUCAAAGUGUAUGGAGUUCUUGCUGCAGAACCAUCCGGUUCCAUUGCUGCAUCCUUACACGAGGGAGUGGAAGACGAGGUUGGAGGAGAUGGAGUUGGGGUGCGAUGCACCAGACGAUGAUGAUUAUUAUCGAGGAGGUAGUAAGAAGGGGGAGGUCGAGAUUGUGGACUGGAUUGAAGAUUACGGAAAUGAAGAUGGUGAAGAUGACGAUGAAGAUGACAAUCAAGACGAUGAGAUUUUGGACUCUGCCGAGGAAGAGGAAGAUGGUGAGGAUCCAGAAGAGGAUCCUAAGUUUUGGGAAGAUGAGUUUAACAAGGCAAUGACUAGUACUGAAGCAAUGGAGAAGUUUGCAAAGAAAUAUAUGGAGAAAACUGAUGAGUACUAUGAUGAACAGAUGAAAGCAUAUGAAGCGAGUAGAAAACAUGGAGAUGCUAAAGGCGUUAGUAAAGACGAUGGGGAUGAACUGGCAUUGAGAGGUGUUAGGGCAAAAGUUAGUCCAGAAGAAUGGAAGUAUAUUGGAAUUGGUCCAUGGAAGAAGAAGAUAAAGAAAAGUAAAAUCCCUCCUGAGCUAUUCCUGCGAUCAGCUGUCAGACCAUUCACUUACAAGAAUCUGGUGAAGGAAAUUGUUCUGACCAGACAUGCAUUAGUAGAAGGUGAGAUUGGAAGGGAAAAGUAAUAAUAAGGUUAGACAACUAUGUACCAAAACACAAACAACAUCUUCUCUUUGGUUAUAUUAUGCAAGCCAGCAAGUUUUUGUGUAA